CCGUUAGUAGCACUGAGUUUUCGGGCGAUAGGACUCUCCUUUGUUAGCUGGUUUCCCCGGUUUGAGUAGCGAGACCACCCUCCCCAGCUUCCACACGUCGGGUGUCAUUAGGGUGGUCAGAGACAAAUUGAGGACGCUCGUGAGAUAUCCUGCCUGACUGGUCCUAGGUUUUUGGGCAUCAGCAUGCCUCUUUCGUCGGGGCCGAUGGAUUUGGAGAUUUCGCCUUCCCGAUGACCCCCUAAACCUCUUCCCUGGAAAAAUCAAGCACCGCGCUGGUGUUUGGCAGUUUCCGCAUACGGCGGUUUACACGUCGCUUCGCUUUGUAUACCGAAGUAUGCAGUGUGAAAAGUCGGCUAAAAUAACUAUAUCAGGACUAUAUACAACUGGGUAACUUGUAACAGGAGGAAUGUAUGUAUUAAAUAUCUCGAGCUCAACAUCUUUUGACUAGAUAGCUAAGCCCUGACAUUCUAGGGUAAUAUCACUGCGGUCGAUGUCGCCUUCGAUAAUGUUGCAUCUGGCCCGGCUCAGCAGAUUCGAGCGAACGGUCAACUUCGUUUCCGAAAUCGCAUUAAUUGUUCGGUGCUCCGGGCUCAUAUCGUCAACUAUCUCGAUAUUAUCCUGGAGUCCGUUGAAAUUGAAUUUAAAUAGUUGUGCCGAUCUCGGGGGUACGUGAUACAGGGAGUGACGGAGUGAUGUGUGGAUGUAGUGUGUUAUUGCUGUACUACCCACUGGAUAGGAUGCAGCACGUUGGUGUUGGUUGUUGAUACAAGCGGGGGCAGAUUCCUAUAGCAUGGGGCAACAUACGCAACACACCACUCACGGGUGGUGCGCAGGCUAGAGCACGUCCGAAAAUGGCACCAGCUAGAGCAUGAGUUGCAUCUGACUGAGGUCGUGUUGCGACGCACUAUGGCCUGACAAACGGAUUUGGACCACUCCAUAUGGGUCUUAAGGUCUGAGCAGACCCUAAGAUGACUCCAACCAUUUUACUGGUUACAUCUAAUCAAUAUUACUUAUUGACCUAAAGGGGGUUAGGUCGGCGAAAGGGUGACAGCCCUUGGCCCUAUAAAAUACGGGUCAACUCCGGUGCGUAGAACCGCUGUGUAAAAGUUCAGAUUCAGUUAUGCCUGAAGAGAAACCUUACAAACCGGCUGCUGUCAAACCUAAGCCGGCAAAAUCGUGUGCCGACACUGCUACGCCAGCAACAGGGGAGCCAAUGGACAUUGAUCAAAGUAUUGAAAUUCCAGCCUCAAAAGCAACAGUUUUGCGUGGACAUGAGACCGAAGUAUUUAUUUGCGCUUGGAAUCCCAGUCGGAAUCUGUUGGCCAGUGGCUCUGGAGAUAGCACGGCACGUAUAUGGGAUAUGUCCGACGCAACCACUAGCCCUAAUCAAUUGGUUUUGCGUCAUUGUAUUCAAAAAGGAGGUGCCGAGGUGCUUAGCAACAAGGCUGUUACUUCACUGGAUUGGAAUUGUGAUGGUAAUUUGCUAGCUACUGGUAGCUACGAUGGCUAUGCACGCAUCUGGAAAACGGAUGGCUGUUUAACAUCCACACUGGGUCAUCACAAGGGAUCAAUAUUCGCUAUAAAAUGGAAUAAACGAGGUGAUUGUAUUCUCUCCGCUGGUGUCGAUAAGACCACAAUAAUUUGGGACGCUGCGACUGGACAUUGUGCUCAGCAAUUUUCUUUUCACAAUGCUCCCGCUCUUGAUGUAGACUGGCAAACAAAUGUAUCUUUUGCUUCAUGCAGUGCUGACCAGCGUAUACAUGUUUGUCGUCUUGGCUCGGAUGUACCCAUUAAAACAUUUAAAGGUCAUACUAAUGAGGUAAAUGCUAUAAAAUGGUGCCCUCAAGGACAUUUGUUAGCCUCUUGCUCUGACGAUAUGACACUAAAAAUUUGGACCAUGAAACAAGACAAAUGUUGUCAUGAUUUACAAGCGCACUCAAGGGAAAUAUAUACAAUUAAAUGGUCGCCCACUGGUCCGGGUACACAAAAUCCUAAUACAAAUCUUAUACUGGCAUCAGCUUCAUUUGAUUCAACAGUACGUUUGUGGGAUGUAGACCGUGGUAGUUGCAUGCAAACACUUUUGCAGCAUACAGAACCAGUUUAUUCGGUGGCCUUUAGUCCAGAUGGUAAAUAUUUAGCGUCAGGAAGUUUCGAUAAAUGUGUCCACAUUUGGAGUACUCAAUCUGGACAGCUGGUACAUAGCUAUAAAGGUACUGGAGGAAUUUUCGAAGUAUGUUGGAAUUCCAAAGGUACUAAAGUUGGUGCAAGCGCAGCUGAUGGAAGUGUUUUUGUGCUGGAUGUGAGAAAAAUGUAGAAAAUAAUGUAAUUUAUAUGUAUAUGCUUAUGAGCAGUGAAUUUUAGAAAAAAAGCUUUCCAAUAUUUUAUAUAUUAAAACGGUUGCAUUAAUAAUGCAAAAUGUUAGUUAUAAUUUAUAUUUACUUAAAAUCUUUCUUUAAAAUAAUUUUAAAAGUACAACUUGCAGUAUAUUUCUGUAGUUUUAUAAGAAAAAA